UCGAGGAAGAAAAGAAUCAAGAGAGGAUGUCUGGCAGAGGCAAGGGAGGGAAGGGUCUUGGCAAAGGAGGUGCAAAGCGUCACCGCAAAGUACUCCGCGACAACAUCCAGGGUAUUACCAAGCCGGCUAUCCGCCGUCUGGCUCGCCGUGGUGGCGUCAAGCGUAUUUCCGGUCUGAUCUAUGAGGAGACUCGUGGUGUGCUUAAAGUGUUCCUGGAGAACGUGAUCAGGGACGCCGUCACCUACACUGAGCACGCUAAGAGGAAGACCGUCACCGCUAUGGAUGUGGUGUACGCCCUGAAGCGUCAGGGACGCACCCUGUACGGCUUCGGCGGUUAAACGCUCGACUCGAUCAACUUUAAACCCAACGGCUCUUUUAAGAGCCACCCCACAUACCCACCGAAAGAGCUUUCCCGUGCCUCAUCCGGUAGUAAUUAAAAGGCCAGAUGUGUUUUUCCUCAACUUUUAAAAACGAUCAGAUUAGAGCGAACUUAAUCUAAUGCUAGAACUAGAGAAAGAAUGGGGUAGAAUAUGUAAGCUAGCAUGAUGGUCCCAAAAUGUGUUUAACAUUGUACCAUCAUUUUAUCUCAUGCGCUUUCGUGAGUUGAUGAGCGUAUAGCUUGCAUGCCUGUGUAUAGAAGAGGAAAAAAAACGCU